UUUAUACUGUGCUUCUAGUUUUUAUUUUUUUAUUUUCGACAACCCUAUUGUAAUUAAUUUAAAAUAAAUUGAAAAUUAUAAAUUAUAAGCAAUGAUAUAAUUUUCCCAAUGCUUUUGUUUAGAAUCAUAUAAGUAUGGCACCGCCCCCCAUAGUUACAGGUCUUUCCCCAAAUGAAGGACCACCAGGCACGAGAAUCAAAAUUCGUGGUGAAAAUUUCGGUAGUCAACCAUCCGAUUUAAUAGGUCUUACAAUAUGUGGAAUGGAUUGUCUUUUAACAGCCGAGUGGAAGUCUCCUAAUAAGAUUAUAGCUAUUUCAGGUCCAAUAAAAGGUAAAGGAGAUGUCAUAGUAACCACAAAAUAUGGUGGAACAGGUACAUGUAAUGUUACCUUCAGGGGAUACCAUUUAGCUACAAUUGGACCUUUAAAGGAGAGUGCAGUUUGGGUAGAAGAAACUCCCAUAUAUUCUUGGGGUAGGCAUUCUUUAAGUCCAAGUAGUUUUCAACAAGAAGAUCCUUUAGGCUUGUCUGUAGAAGAGGCAGAGAACAAAAUUAGUGAAGAGGAACUCUUAGGAUAUUUUCCUGGCAAAUGUGGAGACAUUGGUAGUCAGCAUUUUUCUCCUGCGUGGUUCCUUUUAGAAAAUCAUCAAACAACAAGUUUCAACGAUUUAAAAGCUGGUCUAAACCAUCUUACUAGAAAAGUGCAAAGUCAAAAAGAAGGCCAACUUUCUUUCUUGAAGGCAAAUUUGAAUAGUGUCAUGGAUCAAAUCGACACUUUAAUGAACUUACGUGAAAAAUACGAAAAAGAAUCUUCAGUAUUUGGAAGUACACCAACAAUUAAAUUGGAAAGAGCCAUCAAGGAGUCUGAGCGAGAAGCCAGAAAACUAUUUGAUGAUGUUUUAGCGAGAAAAGACAGAGCUGAAAAGACAAGAAAUGCAUUGAAUGUUUUACAAAGAUACAAAUUUUUGUUUUGCCUUCCAUGUGUUAUAGAAAGGAAUGUUGAAUACAAACAUAUGGUUCUGACUGCCAUUGAAUCGUUUUCUAAAUACGUACGAGUUAGCAUCAUUCCAAAUACUCUAGAUAAAUCUGAUCGUGUCCAAUACGGUUCUUUAACCACUUUGGACCGUGACGAAGUAGCGCUGUUAAUUGAAGAUGUUAUACAAAUUGUUAAAGAAUCUGCUUUAUCGGUCGAACAAAGAGAAACAUCUCUUUUAGAUAGUUCUUCUGCACAAAAGGAACUCGAAAAGCAAGUCGAUAAUAUUUUAGGUUCUUUUUAUGAUGUUCUCAAUAAUCUUUCAUCGACCGAAGAUUAUGAUGAUUGUGAUGAUAAUUCACCAGUGGUUUCUCAGUUAAUAGGAACACCUGUAGGUCCUCAUAAAACAGGAGCACCGCAUGAUAUCCCGACUUGGGAGAAUCGGUUGCUGAUAACCUUAUCGAAUUGUAUAUUUACAAAAAUUACUAUACUUGAUGAAAUUUCUAAAAAGUUCAGGGAAACAGGAUUCUCCUCCAUAGAUGGCCCUAUCAAGAUGAAUAAAAAUAAAUAUGAAUCCUUAGAAAAAUCAAUUUUAGAUAAAUAUUUGGAGCAAAAGAGUGAUCCUCUUGUUGGUACCAUAGAGCCUUCUAUGUAUUUGGGGCGGUUUGAUUGGGAUAUCAACGUGCCUCCUACAGACAUUCGCCCUUACGCCAAAGAAUGUGUGAAUAAUCUUAUUAGUGUACAUUCUGAAAUAAAUAACAUUUCAGUUAAUCUUCUAGACAGUAUUUUGGUCAAAAUUGUUGAAACAAUCGCUGAAGAACUAUAUAGGCUUAUGUCAUGUGCCCAGAAGUUUAGUAAGGAAGGUGCUCAGCAAGCUGUUGUAGAUAUCGAAUGCCUCCAGUGGAUAUUUACGAACUACUUGUCCCAAAAUGCUAAAAGUCAUUUUAAGGAAGCUUUGGCACACGUUCCAGAAUUAAACAAAUCUGAUAAGUUGUUAGUUGAAGAUAUUCUGAAACAAUGUAAAGUGAGGAUGAAAACUCAAAUUUUAUGUUUAAGGAAAAAGUAA